AUGAUGAAAUAUAAAAUUUUAUUUUUAGUUUUAUUAAUUAAUUUCAUUAAUGUUUUGUCACUGGAGGUUAAAGUCAGCGAAUAUAGAGAUCCCAAGUGCGAAACCGCUCCUAUAUACAUCAAUGGAUACAGCAAAUGUUCACCCAACUAUUAUUGGAGGGUACUGGAGAAUGGAACUAAAAUAGUAUCAGCAAAGAUUGCAACGAUUGACCAAUGUAGACAUACCAAAUACAGCAAAUUGAAGUUUACACAGUACGAGAACGGUGAAUGCAGAUUAGAUGAAAACUGGGGUUACUCAUAUAAAUAUGAAUUAAAUUUAGAAGAAGAUCCAAAACCAGUUAAAGGCUAUUGCAACCAAAUUAAAUAUUUCGAUUGCAACAAUUACAAUAUAUUUUCUUUUUUAAAUAAUACAUGUGAAAUGUUAUCCACCAAUAACUACACAAAACAAGUUUGUGUAGCCGAUAAAAUUCUAAACUAUGAAUGCCUUACCGAGGAUUGUAAAGUGGACCAACAAGAGACAGAUUGUAAACUAGUUUCGAUUGAAUCUACAAACUUUAAUAAAGAUGAAAAGUGCAAAAUGUUCAAUGGAUCCAUAGUCGAUAGCAAGGAAUUACAAAUCGGUUUACAGAUGUUUGCACAAACAGGUGAAUCUUCUAAAAAUCAUAUCAUCAACUACCUUAUAUUUGUAUUGUCAAUUUUACUUGUACUAGCUUUUUAA